AUGAUGAGGUUUUGGAUCGUGUAGGCCUGGACGCUGUUGUACUUUUAUCAUUUUUUGGAAUGUCAUACAAAUUAUUUGCAUUUUGCAGUUUUUUCGGAUUGGUUGUACUUUCUCCAAUAAAGUUGACUGGCUACGUUUAUGGUAACUAUAGCCAAAACCCACAAGAAGAUACUCCAAUAGGAAUUCCUGAGCAUGACACGCCGGAACCAUUAGAGUCUUAUGGAAUUUUGCUAUCAUAUGUUAUAUUCACUUGGGUUUUCUCGCUUGCAACAUUUUUUUUCACGCAGUAUAAUUAUCGUAAAUUUUCAAGAAUGCGACGUCGUUAUUACUGCAAAUGGAAAUAUAAUAUUAAUGCGAGAACUGUGAUGGUAACCGUACUACCGAAGAACUUACAAACUGAAUCUGAGCUCGAAAAAUUUUAUAAUUCAUUAGGACUUGGAUCGGUUCAAAGGGUGGUUGUUCACAAGAAUGUAAGAAAAUUAAGGCACGCACUUGAGAAACGCACAUAUUAUUUAAGGAUGCUUGAAAGAGCCUACCAAGAAUAUUUGGGUAAUCCUUGUGAUUAUCCUGGUUAUGAUCCUGAUGAAGCACUCAAGGAAUUUGAACAAACUAGACAAAUUACGAUUCUUUCAAAUACUCAAAAUAUUCCAAAACAACGUCCAACAAUCCGAGAUGGUUUUCUAGGUUUAUUUGGCAAAAAAGUUGAUAAGAUUGAGCAUUACACAAAUUUGUUUAACUACUAUGACAAGUUAGUUGAACAUGGUAGACAUGGCAAAUAUAUGCAUACAUCAGUCGGAUUUGUGACAUUUGAGAAAGUUAUUAGCGCGCAACUAGCUGCACAAGUUUUUGUAUGUGAUAAACCAUUUCAAUGCCAAACUACAAUUGCACCUGAACCUUGGAAUGU